GAAUCUGGAGCGAGCGGAGCUGGCUCCAUUGUUCACGCCCCCUCCCUGCCUACUUGCGUUCUAUCGCCGUUGGGAGUCUCUAGGUCGCGCGCCCUUUGCCACACCGCCCAGUGGUCGCCUUGCCUUGUGCGCUGACCAGAGGACGCGGGGCGGCCGAGCUGCUUCCUUGUCCCCAUGGCGACCGGGCGGCCUUUCCAGCUGGUGGUCUUCGGGGCUUCGGGCUUCACCGGCCAAUUCGUGGUCGAGGAACUGGCGCGGGUGGUGGCCGAGGAUGAGUUGCGAGGCUCUGUGCGCUGGGCCGUGGCCGGCAGGAACGAGGAGAAGCUGCGGGCGGUGGUGGAAAGAGCGGCCGAGAAGCUGGGGAAGGCAGAGCUGAAAGAAGUUGAUAUAAUCCUGUGUGAUGUCAGUGAUUCAACAUCUCUUGCUAAUAUGGCUAAACAAGCAGCUAUUGUUCUGAACUGUGUAGGCCCUUACAGGUUUUUUGGAGAACCUGUAGUAAAAGCUUGUGUUGAGAAUGGUGCCAGCUAUAUCGACAUCAGUGGAGAACCUCAGUUUCUGGAAGGAAUGUACCUGAAUUAUAAUGACAAGGCUGCAGAAAAAGGGGUAUAUGUUAUUGGAAGCUGUGGCUUUGACUCUAUUCCAGCAGAUAUGGGAGUAUUAUACACCAGAAACAAUUUGAAAGGUACCUUAACUGCAAUUGAAAGUUUCCUGAACGUAAAAUCUGGCCCUGAGGGUUCCUCUAUUCAUGAUGGAACCUGGAAAUCAGCAAUUUAUGGACUUGCAGAUCAAGACAAUCUGAAGAAAAUCAGAAGACAAAUUGGACACAAACCUCUUCCAGUCAUUGGAGCCAAACUGAAGAGAAGAGGUGCAGUGUUUUACAGUAACGAACUCUCUCAGUAUUCCAUUCCAUUCAUGGGAUCAGAUGUCUCUGUUGUCAAAAGAACUCAGCGUUAUUUGCACACACAUUUACAGGAGACACCUGUGCAGUAUGCUGCAUAUGCAACUGUGGGAGGCAUUGGAUCUGUCAUUAAAUUGAUGUUUGCUGGACUUUUAUUUUUAAUUCUUGUUAAGUUCAACUUUGGAAGAAAGCUUCUGAUAAAAUAUCCUGAGUUUUUCUCUGGAGGACAUUUUACAAAGGACGGGCCAACACAAAAACAGAUGGAAGGAUCGUCUUUUGAAAUGACCUUUUUUGGUGAGGGAUACAGCGUAGGACAAGAUCCACAACAGGGCAAACCAAAUGUAAAAAUCUGCACUCAAGUGAAGGGACCAGAGGCUGGUUAUGUUGCUACACCCAUAGCCAUGGUUCAAGCAGCUGUGGUACUUCUGAAGGACAAGAGUUCUCUUCCUAAACAAGGUGGUGUCUAUUCUCCUGGAGCUGCAUUCUCCAAAACAAAGCUCAUUGACAGACUCAACAACCAUGGCAUUGAAUUCUGUGUUAUUAGUCAACCUGAAGUCUGAAAGAAGAUAAACAUUCCAAAGAGACCACACAACCAAUAGUCUCUAUAUUGUACUUUUAUGGCCCAAAAAAGCUCAGUUAAGAAUGUUUGCUCAAUUUAAU